AUGAGUUCUUUUGCCAAAAUCAAAUGCUUUUUAGCAUCAUUUUUAAUCUUUUAUACUUCAUAUUUAUACUUCUACAAAUGUCAAACAUUAACUCCUUUACAAGAAGUAGGUGAAAAGAUUUUACAUCCAUUACAUUCACAUCAUUCUCAAUUAUGUGAAGUUUUACAUAAUGGUAUUAAUUAUGUUGAACCAUAUGCUACAAAAACUCAUAAAUUCUUAGAUGAUAAUGUUCAUUCUCAUCCAUUAUUUAUUGAAUAUAAAAUUCAUGAAAAAAUUGAAUUUGCUAAAUCGCAAUUUAUUAAAUAUGUUUAUCCAAGAAUUUAUGAAUUAUAUCAAUUAACUGAUCAAGUUGAAGCUAAAGCUUAUGAUCAUUUUACUGGAUUAUAUCAUCAAGUAAUUGAAUUUGGUCAAUCUAAAUUAAAGAAUGAUUAA